AUGCCGGUGCUGGGAUGGGUGGCGCGACAACUUAACAGUAUCACGUCCAUCAGUGCUACGAAGGAUACAUUUACGUGUCUAAAGAUGGCACGAGUUACUUCUUCCUCUCAGGAGCAGCACCUUAUUUCCCAUUAUAACAAUGUAAGUGAAUUCUACCCAGAUGACGACAGCAGUGUGAGUGAUCCCUCAACCCCUCCCCCGUGCUCCCUUGUCCCAGACAUUCAGCUGAUGAUGCACGGGUUUGGGGACUGCCGUCGCCCGUUACUUGAGACAGCUGCAGUUAUUGAGUCAGUUGUACACCAACAGAUGACUCUUUUCUUGCACCUUGCAACAGAUAUUUCAGAACAAAGAGGAAGCAAAGUUGUGGGUCCAGAGGACAUAUUAUUUAUUAUGCGCAAAGAUCCUGUCAAAUUGCAACGAAUAGUGCACUAUAUGGGAGUUCGCGAUCUUUACCAACGUGCACGAACCAGCACUUCAGGUUCAUCUGCAAGUGAGAUACAAGAAUUAACCGCAGAGGGUGGUGGAGAAAUUUCCCGAAAAAAAAUAUGCACCAAUUUCCUCCAAAGUAUUGACCAGACUGGACAGUAUGAACCUCUCUAUUUUGCAUCCAUAUUUGAUCCAGUCAAGAAUGAAAGGGCCCAUCGAUUGAAUGUUAUGACACAGGGUAUGUCUAAUCAGAGGUACAAAGAGUACUGUGAGGCUAGAAGAGCUUCAUUUUGUCCAAGGCUGAGAGUCAACAAAUUCCGAGAAUGGCUCCUCCGUGAUGAUAAUAGUGAAGUGAAACUCUCACAGCUUGUGUUGGAGAUGCUUAAUCGCUUGGCAUAUGAAACAGUUGCUCAGAUUGUAGAUCUUGCUCUUCUAGUGAAAAGAGAUGCUAUGGGACGUAAUUCUGACCUGUCUCGCUUCCGCACACCAACCGUUCUCAACCCUGACUAUCCAUGUGUAUUUAUUCAUCAGAGUGGCUCACUGCAGGAGGUAGGAUCUGGUGAAGACCACAGUAUAGGGAUGGAUCCCAUAACUCCUGCAGAGGUACGGGAAGCAGUUCGAAGGUAUUGGGCCAACAACUCCCCACUUUCUCCAUUCUCGAAGACAAGAUCACCAAUUGAAACCAGGCUCCUUGCUGCUUAGAGGUAUGGUCUCUUUUUAUUCAUAGAAAUUUCUUGUGUAAUUAUAGCAUCAAUAUUUGAAUAUAUUUUGAUAUCAUGAGGUCACAUUCCUUGUAGAAAAUUCAGGCUUGGCACAGUGUUAU